AAACUGCUACUUUCAUCACCAGUGGUCCAACUUGUUGUCUAGGGUUUCCAGAUUCCAUCAAUCUCCACAACCAGUGGUGAUAAUGGCGGAAGUAAUUAACUUGCCGGCCGAUUCUCUAGAAGCCCGUAACGACACCGCCGACAAUAACAAGAAGUCUUCCGAUGUUCCCGAAUCUUCACUCGCUUCUCCACUGAAGCGAAGGGCUGAUAGAGACAUCAGAGGAAGACGAGACGAUAGGGAACUCGACCGUGCUCCUGUUCGACAUGGACCCGGUGACUAUCAUGACCGGAAUCGAUCUUCUCCACCUCCACCUGACAAAGAUUACAAGCGUCGUCCCAGUCCAAGCCCUCCGGUUCCGUUUCGCGAUCGUCGUCACUCUCCUCCUCGACGUUCACCACCGUUUCCACCAUUCAAGAGGUCAAGGAGAGAUGAUGCUGGCUACGAUCGACGUGGAAGUCCCCGUGGAGGUUAUGGUCCUGGUGAUAGGAGGUUUGGAUAUGAUCAUUCAUAUGAUCGAGAGAUGGGUGGAAGGCUUGGUUAUAGUGACGAAAGACAUGGGAGAUUUGGACGUCCAUCUGACUGGGAACUAGGUCGCGGUUAUGGCGAUGGUUCUAACACAGGGACUAAUCAGAGGGACGGAUUAAUGACAUAUAAGCAGUUCAUUCAGGAGCUGGAAGAUGACAUUCUACCAUCAGAUGCAGAACAUAGGUAUCAGGAAUACAAGUCAGAGUACAUAUUGACCAUGAAACGAGCUUACUUUGAAACCCACAAAGACCAAGAGUGGCUGAAAGAUAAAUACCACCCAUCAAAUUUGGUUGCUGUGAUAGAAAGGAGAAAUGAGCUUGCAAGGAAGACCGCAAAUGACCUUUUACUUGACUUGCAGAGCGGUACAUUGCUUCUAGGCCCAGGUGUUAAUAAUUCAUCUUCUGGGCAUACUGGUGUACCAAACUCAGAUGAUGAAGUAGACGUUGGUGGAAAACGAAGACGGCAAGGUAGUGCCCCAUCUAAAGAAUCUGAUGUAGUUUCAGGGGCACCUAAAGCUCAUCCAGUUAGUUCUGAUCCAAGACGCAUCCAGAUUGAUAUAGAACAAGCACAGGCACUUGUAAGGAAACUCGAUUCCGAGAAAGUAAUCGAGGAAAAUAUAUUGGGAAGGGUUGAUAACGGUAGAUCAAACAGAGAGAAGUCUGCAAGUGGGCCUGUUAUAAUUGUUCGAGGAUUAACAUCUGUGAAGGGUCUUGAGGGAACUGAACUAUUGGAUACUCUUAUUACUUAUCUUUGGAGGGUACAUGGUGUUGAUUACUAUGGAUUGGUGGAGAGCUGUGAGCCUCCAAAGGGUUUCCGCCAUGUGAGGCUUGAUGGGAAAAGUUCAGAUGAUGCUAUUAAUGGGGCGGAAUGGGAAAAGAAACUGGAUACUUACUGGCAAAAUAGAUUGAAGGGACAGGAUCCUCUAGAAAUUAGAGCUGCUAAAGAGAAGCUAGAGGCAGUUGCUGUUGAAGCUUUAGACCCUCAUGUUCGGAAAAUUAGAGAUGAGAAAUAUGGAUGGAAGUAUGGAUGUGGAGCCAAGGGUUGCACAAAGCUCUUCCAUGCUGCUGAGUUUGUUCACAAGCAUUUAAAGCUAAAACACCCUGAACUUGCUACAGAGAUGACAACAAAAGCUCGGGAAGAACUGUAUUUCCAGAACUACAUGAAUGAUGCAGAUGCACCUGGUGGAACUCCUGUAAUGCAGAAGGAGAGGCAACAGAGACGUAAGCUAGGUCUAGAUCAGCGAUUAAAAGAUGAUAGGGGAAACAACAGGAGGGAGUGGGAGAAUCGAGAAGAUAGGUCAGAUAAUAAGGCUCAGUCAAUGGAUUUCCAAUCAAAGAAUAAUAAUGGUAUAGUUGGAGACAGUCCGGAUGAAAUGGUGUUUGAGACAUACGGUGCUCCAUCUUUUCCUUCUGAUAUCCCUCCUCCUGUACUUAUGCCAGUUCCUGGUGCCGGUCCUCUGGGUCCGUUUGUUCCUGCACCCCCUGGAGUUGCAAUGCGGAUGCUGAGAGAUCAAGGAAGGCCUCCAUUUGAAGGUGGUGGGAGGUCUGGACCGUCCCCAAUGAUUGCUUUACCACCAUCAUUUCAUCAAGAUCCUCGGCGUAUACGCAGCUACCAAGAUCUUGACGCACCAGAGGAUGAAGUUACGGUAAUUGAUUACAGGAGUUUGUAGGCGUAUGUCGGAUUUGCUGCUUUUUUCUUGAUUGGGAUUGAAGGACGGCUGUAAGUGUUAUUUAAGGCACUGGAAAUUCAAACAAGGCAUAUGCAUUGUUUGUUGUACCAUAAUUAUUUUCUUAUAUAUUGUUGUUAUUGUUGUUGAUGUUGUGUUAAGGUUAAAACAUGAAGUGAAUUUAAUGUUCCUAUUUAAUUCAAUUCCAACUCAUGAAGUUUCCUUAAUAAGUUAUUAUGUAAAACUUCUUUAUGUUGUA